UUGACAGUUGAUGAGUUGACGUAAAUUUGAAGGUUAAGUUUGAAACGAAUCGGCAACAAUUUUUUUUACAUAAAUGGUAACAAACUUAAUUACAUCAAAGCGGAACCAAACAUAUCAUGUUUGAAACCAUGAGGAGAAAAGUUAGUAAGCUGAAGUACUAUAAAACUCCUCUUGUAAUGACCUUUUCAUUCCUACUGGGUUGUAUGUUAACCAUAAACUUAACCCCCAUUGACAAGACGUGUAAAAUAGAGGAUUCAGAUAAAGAGUACAACAUUCUGAAGAAUUCAAAAUUGAAGAAUCCUGAUCUUAUAGUACUUAUACUAUCAGCUCCAAAAAAUUUGGACAGGAGAAAUGUGAUUCGACAAACAUGGUUGCAACUUGUGGAUACAAGCCCAGAAAAUGAAAACGUUAAAUUUAAAAUGAAACAUUAUUUUGUUGUGGGUAGUUUAGGGCUAUCUGUAGAUGAUAUUUUACAUUUGACUACUGAACAGUCACAAUUUAGUGAUAUUUUAAUUCUUCCAAUGCAUGAUAGUUAUCAAAAUUUGACUUUGAAGGUCUUGAAAAGUUUCGAAUGGUUAAGUGAACAGUUUGAUUAUGGCUUGGGUUUUAAGUAUGUUCUCAAGUGUGAUGAUGAUAGUUUUGUUCGAUUAGAUAAAUUAUCAACUGAAGUAGCUAAUGUAGAACUAAUUUAUAUUAAAUCGGAGUUAAAACAUGUUAAAACGUUGACUGAAGAUGUUUCUUCCCCAUUUAUUAGAACUAAUCUCCAAAUAAAUAAAGAAGAAGUUAAAAAUGAUGUGCAGUUGUAUUGGGGAUAUUUUCAUGGAAAUGCCAGAGUGAAAACAACUGGAAAAUGGAAAGAAUCAGACUGGAUAGUCUGUGAUAGAUACAUACCAUAUGCUCUUGGAGGAGGAUACAUACUUUCAAAGAAAUUGGUGUCAUAUAUUGCCAACAAUCGUGAUAGUCUUAGAUAUUAUAACUCAGAAGAUGUUAGUGUAGGAAUGUGGUUGUCAUCUGUGAAAAACAUACUUAGAAUACAUGAUAUAAGAUUUGACACAGAAUGGACAACAAGAGGUUGCCAAAACCACUACUUGAUCACACAUAACAUAUCUAAAGAGGAAAUGCAGAAAAUGUAUGAAAACAUAGUAGCCACAAAUAAUUUGUGUGCAAUGAAUGUUAUAAAAAGAAGAUACUAUUUCUACAACUGGGCCGUUCCUCCUAGUCAGUGCUGCAGUAUUAAAGAAAAUACAAACUAGAAUUUAAAAUGAUUUAUUUGAAUAAGAUACUUAUCAAGUGUUCAUAAAAAUAAAUUUUAGUCACCAUCUGA